GCACAUGGAUGAGAUGCUGUUCAACACACAAAUACGUUCAAAGACACGCGUGUAAUCGUCGCAUAUUGUUUGAUUGCAGAUCAUAUCCAUUCCGGGGAGCAAUUGACUGCGUACUGCGAUGUACGGAGACGUGGGAAACAAACUGGUCCAGCACGCAAAACGGACACAGAAUCUCACCCAUCUACCCCCAUACCAGACCGAGCUGGUACGUGCCGCCACCCGCGAGGUGCGCGAUCUGAACAGAGAUGUGACGAGCCUGCUGGAACCCUUUGACGGCGCCUUCGACCCGAACGAGGACAAGGCUACUGCGUGCGCCCUCCUGGUCAAUCACCUAUCGAUGCGUCGCAACAAGCGCUGCCUGCUCGCAUACCACCGAACGCGGACCGACAAGUUGGAGGAGCUCGUAUGGAGCGGUGCCGACGUGAUGGAGUUGUCUGCGCAAGGGCAACCGUUGAGAGACGGGAGUGGCGGGGGCCCGGGGCCUGCGGAUGGGCCGACUUGCGGAUUGAGUCCGCAGGAGGAGGACUAUGUGCGACAGUACAGCGAUCUGCUUGCGGCCUACAAGGGUCAGUGGACAGAUGUUGAUCUGACUGGAAGCCUGGAGCCGCCGAGGGACCUCUUUAUUGAUGUUAGGGUGCUCAAGGAUGCCGGUGAGAUUCAAACAGAAUAUGGCGCUAUCACUCUCAGCAAGAACAGCCAAUUUUACGUUCGCCAGGGUGAUGUGGAAAGACUGAUAGCCCAAGGCUACCUGCAAAAACUGAGCUAAGAACCCUCCUAGCCUUGGUCAUUGGUUGGAUAUCAAGUGCGACAUACAGACAAAUCAACUUGCUUAGAAGGGCCGUGCCAAGUCCGUGGCUGCAUUGGCAUUUCCAAGGAGAUGCAUUGCCAUGAACAAGAGAUCACAGAAUGCAGGAGCGUCAGCAUCAUCGAAAAAUUGAUGCUGGAUGGGAAUGUUCAGCAGAAUUUCCUGGUAAUCAGAAUCGGCGACAUAGAUGUUGCAACUUUGCGACAGCUUCUGGUUUGCUAGCUUGCAAACAAAAACUUUCAUGUCGAAGGCCGCGGAGUCGACAUGUUUUUAUAUGGGUUGAUGUACAGAUGUCUGUUAAACACCCCAUGGGAUUUUUGCGCCGAAAGGACAUGUAUAAAGAAGGGACAGAUUUCCAAUCUCCGAGGAAUGCAUAUUACCUAAGGCUUGCCAUCCACAUGCUGUGGUUU